AUGAUUUGGAGGCCAAUAUCCACUUCCAAACCUGACGAUGCUCCUGUUGAGGAUAAUAUUUCUAGUUCGGUUUCAGCAGAGCCCAUGGAUUUAGUACAUGAAGCACAAAUCGUAUCUACAGUACCACAGAAGGCUGUUGAUCCGGUGAGCACAAUAAACUUACCACUCAUCAACAAGACUAUUGCCCAUUCCGUCACCUUCCACAAAACAAUGAUAGGCAGACCCCACAGGAAGUGGAAACGCUCCUCUAGUAAAUCUUCCUCAGUUGGUUUUUCAAGCUCUCGUCAUUUUUCUGCUGGUGGUAAAAGGAAGUCCCUUGAGGUGGACCAUACGCAUACCCAUAUUACACAACCUUACAAAAGGAGGCUCUUGGUCUCACAAAGUAGCCAAGGUUUAGAGGCCUUUGGUACUGCCCAGACUAUGGUGCCUGGUAAGUUCUCUACCUUUCUGAAGUGUUUUGCGGCGGUUGAACCAGAUCAACUGCCUUUGUUUCCAUGA